AAGUAAACUUGAAUAUUUACCAAAUAACUUUAAAAUUCGUUUCAAAGACAAACAUUAUGACUCAGAAGUGAAUAAACUCAAUAUGCUACCUUCGAGAAAGUCAAGAACAUGUGACUAUGUAUUGUAGAUAAUUUUAAACUUGGCACUCAUUCAGUGUCACCAUAGAAUGUUUACACAUGUCAAAUAUAUACUCAAGCGCCAAGAGAGUUGAUGAUAUAACAGACCUGAGAAGUGUUUUAUAAGGAAUUUCAAAAUGGCUAUAACUGAUUCCCCUGUGAUAAAGAGUUCUAUAGUGAAAGAGGUCCCAGCAGGAGGCACCGCUGUGUUGACAUGUAAUAGCAAUGAUUACAACCACAACUUUAUGUUUUGGCUGUUUGGCAAAGACAAGGUGAUUGGCCCUGACAAUCAUUAUGAUGAAAGAAAGUAUAAGUAUGAAGUGCUAUCAGGAAAGCUUCAUAUUGAUAAUGUUACUCCAGCCGAGUCUGGUUAUUACAAAUGCAUCUCAAAAAAGCUUGACGGCUCAGGGAUUGCAGUUGGGCAGGUUGAGAUGAUUGUCUCUGGUUCCACAUUCUCCACCAUUGAGGCUGUGAAGCUGGUUGCUAUUGUUGUGUCCAUCAUUGUGCUGAUCAGCUGUGCUUUGUUGUACUGGAGACUGAGGAAGAACUGGAACAAAUAUGAUGGCCAUGCUAUUGUACCAGUUGACGACAUGGAAGAAGAUGAUGCAGAUGAGGUGUAUAACCCAACCACAGUGAGUUCUAAAAGCCAACCGGUAGCCGGGCCCAGCCGAGGGCCAAGUAGGAACCCAUCAUCGGAGCAUCUCCUCUACGGCAUAGACAAUCAGGGCUUGGAUACAGACUUCAACUCUGUGUUCGAAAAUAUUCAAAUAAAAUCACCACAUGCCAGUUUAAUAUAAUUUAUGCCAUCCACUUGAAAUACAAUUUUGUAUAAGACAAUCACAAUGUAACAGGCCGAUUGACAUACUCCAUGCAGUUUACUAAUAUAGAUAGUUGAAAUCAUUUCUGUUCCAUGUUGAUUGGUAAUUUGUUAUUAUGAAUACUUUACUACUGUAAAUUGUGAUAAGUAGGUAAGAAAAAAUAAAUUAGGUAUAUCAGCAACUUAUAA